AUGACGGCACCAACAAUUGACCUCUCGACCAUAACCUCGGCCGAGCAGGUCUUCACCUCGCCGUCCAACACGCUCCCGCAGAUCCGAGCGAUCCACAAGGCGCUGCACGCGCAGAUCGACGACCGCGCCACGCGCCUGCGCACCCAGGUCGGCACUUCGUACCGCGACCUGCUCGGCACCGCCGACGCCAUCGUGCGCAUGCGUCGCGACAUGGCCGAGGUCCAGGCCGUGCUGGGCCGCAUGGGCGGGCGCUGCGGCCGCGCCGUCGUCGGCGCCAAGGCAGAGGGCCUGCAGCGGUUCGUCGGGCUGGGCGAGUACGAGCCGGGGAAAGAUGAUGACGACGACGAUGAUGAUGAUGAUGAUGAGGAUGGCGGUGAUGCAGACGCUCUGCUCAGAGCAAAGGGCAGAAUGCUGUCGGUUGCUGCCAGGGCCAGGCUGUUGGACGCGUGUGCGCUGGCGGCCAGGCGGGUGCUGAGGACCGGCGAGGCCAAGAGGGGCGACAGGCUGCUGGUCGCCGCCAAGGUGCUGCUGCUGAGCAGGCUGGUUGGCAAGAGCCUGAGUGAGGGCGGCGAGGCCGUAGACCCGCAGGUCAGGGCGUCGAUCGACGCGUCGUGGAAGAGCCUGCGGAGGAGGAUCGAAAAGGUCCUCGAGGUCGUGGACGAGGAUCUGGUCGGACGUGACGACGUCGUCAAGGCACUGUGCGCCUACAGCCUCGCCACCAACGCCGGCUGCCGCGAGGUCCUGGGCUUCUUCCUGCGCGUCAGAGCCCGCGCCAUGACGCUGGCCUUUGCGCUAGACGAGGACGCCGAGCACGAGGGCGACGGCGACCAGAGCUCCAAGGCUGCGCUCACCUGCCUCAGGCUUUUUACCAGGACCAUGUUGGACGUCCAGGCUCUGAUGCCGACGAAACUGGUCGAGGCACUCAAGGGGCUGAAGAAGAAGGCGAUUCUAGAAGACGAGGCUCUUUUGAAGCUCGAGGGGCUCCGGCUGGAUCUUUCGGCGAGGUGGUGCGGGGACGAGAUUAGAUACUACAAGCCGUACAUCCGCCACGAUGAUAUCGAGGGCAAGCAAGCCAAGGAGAUGCUGACGGGCUGGGCGGAGCGCGGCGGGGAGACGCUCAUCAAGGGCCUGGAGAGAACCCUGACGCGGCUGCACGACCUGGGGGCGGUGCUGGAGCUGCGGUCCAGCGUGCUGCAGUGUUGGAUCCGCGACGGGGGCCGGAUCAGGGGCUACGACCCGGCCGUCAUGCUCGACCAGCUGCGGACGGCCAUCAACACGUACACGCUCGAGAUGCUGGCCGGCAAAGUCCACAAGCUGCGCCUCGUGGGCUCCGAGAUGUCGGCGACGCUGGACGGCUGGCGCGCCGGCGUGACGGACGAACAGCGCGGUCUGUGGGACGACGAGGGCAUGGACCUGAACCUGUCGGGCGGCGCGGCUCUCUUCGCCCAGGACGUCGUCUCCAGGCUCUACGGUCGGAACGAUGCUGUCUCCAAGGCGGUGAAUUGCUAUGAAUCAUGGCACCAGGUCGUCAAAGAGGUCGACGAGAGGGUCAAGGUGCUCCGUAAGCAACGGUGGGAUAACGACGCCGAUGAGAUUGAGGAUGAAGAGACCAUCGAGCAGAGGCAGCAGAUCCUCAGCUCUGAAGACCCGCAGACGCUGCAGGAUCAGCUCAGCAAGUCACUGGAGACGGCAUUCAGGGAGCUCGACGAGCAGAUCGCCGGGCUAUGGAAAGCACAGCAGGACGGUCAGAACAGGGGCCACGUGGCAAUGUACCUCACCCGCGUGAUACGAGACAUACGAAGUCGACUGCCGGACGAGGUCGGGACGGCCAAGACGCUGGGGACGUCACUGAUCCCGCAGCUUCACGAGGUUAUCGUCAAGACGGUGGUGGCUGCUCCCUUGGAAGACUUUACAAAGAAGGCACUGGCCAGGACGAGCGUCAUCGGGCGUAGCCUGUGGGAAGGGGAGGACCCGGCACUGCCGAGCAUGCCGUCAGCCGGCGUGUUUACGUUUUUGAGGGCGCUGGUUGCGUCAAUGGGAGAUGCUGGGUUGGAUCUGUGGAGUCCUACUGCCGUUGCCACAUUGAAGUCGUACCUGAGGGGCCAGCUAAGGGAGGCAUGGCUACAGGCUGUGGAACAGCACAGUUAUAGUCAAGACAAAGUGCAAGAAAAGAAGGGCGCUGAAAUUGCCGAGGAGAAGAAGCCCGAGCGGUCCGAGGGUCCAGAUGCUGACGAGGAGGAGGGCGCAAAGGAAGACGAAGACAAAGUCGCAUCUACAGAAAACGAUCAAGCAGAGGCUAAGGCAGCCUUAUCGGCGGAACAACGAAAAGAACUAUUCACGCAAUGGCUAUACGAUGUCCUGUUCCUUCAGGGUGGUCUUGGUACGGUCAACGGGUCUUCCGAGGAUGAGCUCAAGGACUUGGAGGAUGCCAUGUACAAGCAGACGGAGCUUGACAAUGAUGCCGCGCGGAAGCAGCUAUCGAAAUCGGCUCAGGAAUACUGGAAACGGACCAGCCUUCUCUUUGGGUUUCUGGCAUGA